AUGGCCGAUGGAAACGUAGCGAGGUCAGCUUGCCCAACGCAGAGGGAGCAUGAUGCCGCGAAGCGAGGGGCGUGUCGCGGCCUGACCUUCUCAAUCGCCUCUGGCGACGUCUCCUCGUCCGCUCCGCCGCUGCAAGGCCGCAAAUACUCUCCCACAUCCGCGACUUUGCACGCGCGUUUCUUACUGCGCAUUACACAAGCCUGCUGGCGUCAUUCA